UUUUACAGGUAUCACUCCCAGCCAAAGAACGUAUCUGAGACCAUGCCGCCUCCACAAGGUGUUUUCCAUGACCCCUUCUUCAUAGUGGAGACCAUGUGCAUAUGCUGGUUCUCCUUCGAGCUCCUCAUGCGCUUCGCCUGCUGUCCCAGUAAGAUUCACUUCUUCAAGGACGUCAUGAACAUCAUCGAUUUCAGCGCCAUCCUACCGUUUUUUGUCACUCUGGGAACAGAGCUGGCAAAGGACCAUGAUGACAGUCCGACAACAUCACUGGCCAUUAUCAGAGUCAUUAGGUUAGUGAGAGUGUUCAGGAUCUUCAAGUUGUCUCGUCACUCUAAGGGCCUGCAGAUCCUGGGUCAGACUCUGAGGGCCAGCAUGCGGGAGCUGGGCCUGCUUAUUUUCUUCCUCUUCAUCGGUGUCAUCAUCUUCUCCAGUGCCAUUUACUUUGCUGAGGCUGACCACGCUCACACGGCCUUUAUCAGUAUACCACACGCCUUCUGGUGGGCAGUCGUCACCAUGACCACGGUGGGUUAUGGUGACAUGUUCCCAGAAACAGUGUGGGGUAAGCUGGUGGGCUCAAUGUGUGCCAUCGCUGGCGUGCUCACCAUUUCACUGCCAGUGCCUGUCAUUGUGUCCAAUUUUAGCUACUUCUACCAUCGGGAGACGGAGUGUGGGGAUCAAACUGAGUACACCCAUGUCAAGACAGCACUGUGGGAGGAUGAAGAGCCUGACGGAGAGGACACAGAUGAAGGAGACGGGGAUCAAGAUGGAGAUUAUUAUGCCAUUGAGGACAACUGUAACCCUCUCAGUGGGACUCUGCUGGGUGCGCUGUGUACAGUGGAACCAGGUGGACGACUGGACAUCAAAACUCAGGCCAACAGCAGAGGAGCCGUCCGUCACCGCGCGCUGACAGACGGACACUCACACAUCUCAGCAUCGUAGUGUUGGCUUCUGUGACCUCAAGUGCCUGACGUGACCUUUAUCGUGCCGUAAUAUGACACUGGCAUCACUUCAUGACACAUGCAGUGUUUGUGCCAGACAGGAAAGGUGAAACAGGUCUUUUUUUGACUCUGCCUAAUCAUGUACAGUGUUCUUAAUAAAGACUGUAUUUUAUUCUU